GCACGUCGUUGUGAAGCGAUAUGAAUCGUGCUGAUAUUAAAGUCGACUCUCUGUGAGUGAAAUUGUGCGCUGCCUUCUUAAAAAAAAAAAAAACAACAAAUUACGCACGGUUUUAAUUCGCUCAUACGCACUUUCCGCUGACGUUUCUCUCAGCAACACACACACACACACACACACACACACAGUGCUGGCGUGACCAGAAAAAGGGCUGCUCGGUAACAGUGAAGCAAGGAACAGCAGCGGGAGACGAAAACCGACCGAAAACAGUCUAAACAAGGCCGUGGACGCGGUUCUGAGGAAGGAGAGAGAGAGAGAGACAGAGAGACUGAGUAAGAGAGACACUGGGCUCCAACCAUGCCACUGUUUGGUAAAUCUCACAAGAGUCCCACGGACAUUGUGAAGGCUCUGAAGGACAACCUGUCCAUCCUGGUCAAGCAGGACAAGAAGACAGAGAAGGCCUCCGAGGAGGUGUCUAAAUGUCUGGUGGCAAUGAAGGAGAUCCUGUACGGCACCAACGACAAGGAGCCCCACACGGAAACGGUGGCCCAGCUGGCCCAAGAGCUGUACAACAGCGGCCUGCUAAUCUCCCUGGUGGAGAACCUGCAGGUCAUCGACUUUGAGGGGAAGAAGGAUGUGUGUCAGAUCUUCAACAACAUCCUACGCAGGCAGAUUGGCACCCGCAGUCCCACAGUGGAAUAUUUCUGCUCCCAUCAGGAAGUGCUCUUUAUUCUGCUCAAAGGGUAUGAGACUCCUCAGGUGGCACUGAACUGCGGCAUCAUGCUGCGCGAGUGCAUCCGGCACGAACCGCUCGCCAAAAUCAUCCUGCACUCGGAGCAUUUCAACGACUUUUUCAGCUACGUGGAAAUGUCGACGUUCGACAUCGCCUCCGAUGCGUUCGCCACCUUCAAGGACCUUCUUACAAGGCACAAGGUUCUAGUGGCAGAAUUUUUAGAACAGAACUACGAUGCAGUCUUUGAGAACUAUGAGAAGCUGCUGCACUCUGAAAACUAUGUGACAAAGAGGCAGUCACUGAAGCUGUUGGGUGAGCUCCUGCUGGACAGACACAACUUCACUGUGAUGACGAGGUACAUCAGCAAGCCGGAGAACCUCAAACUCAUGAUGAACCUGUUGAGAGACAAAAGUCCCAAUAUCCAGUUUGAGGCAUUCCACGUGUUCAAGGUGUUCGUGGCGAACCCAAACAAGACGCAGCCCAUCAUAGACAUCCUUCUGAAGAACCAGACGAAGCUCAUCGACUUCCUUAGCAACUUCCAGAAGGACCGCACAGACGACGAGCAGUUCAACGACGAAAAGACGUACCUCAUCAAACAGAUACGAGACUUAAAGAAACCCGCCUCCUAAAACCUUAGCUAGCGAUCGCGUUAUUAAGCACCUCAUCUUUUUACUGAGGGGGAAAAAAAAUAAACAAACAAAAAAAAAAUCACAAAAAUCUAUUAACAAUAAUAAUUCUAUUUAAGAUCUUAAACAUUUGUCUUUUCUUAGUCAUGAGGCUCGCAAGUGAUAGUUUUCGAUCACUGAUGUUCAGUUAUUUUCUUCCUUUAUUUUAUUUUUUAUUUUUUUAAAUUUCCUUUUCCUUGAUUUUUUUUUUUUUUUUUUUUUUUUUUUUUUUUUUUUUUUUUUUUUUUUUACUUUCUUUCAUGAGACAUUUGUUAGUUUUAUCAUCGAGUUGUGUGCCACAAUAGGAUGUGUUUAAAACAAACAAUAACGGAACUUACAGGCGACCGAUUUAGUUUCAGGAAGAACCAAAGCUGGUAGCAGCCUCGAGAAACGUGGACGAGGACCUAUUGACACUUAUGGUUUUUACAUUCUGAUGAGCUCGUAUUCUCACACACACACACACACACACACACACACACACACUGAUCUGAGUGCAGUUCACACAGCAGCAGUUUUGGCCUCGCUCUUGUACAGUUUGUAGCUGUAGUAGUGGAGUUGUAGGAAGGGAGGAUGCAUUCCCCAGUUAUUUAUAAAAACUGAUUUUCGCACAUUAGUAACUUCAUUCUUGCACCCCCCCCCCCGAUUCUUCUUGUUUCCUACUCUAGCGCCUCCUGGUACUGAUGGUAUGCGCUGAAUCUUCUUACUCCUCACACACCUCUAUGGCUCACCGCCGACUCUAAAUUUCCCAAAAUAAACAGUCACGUCAUCCCUGUUUGCUGGGUUUUCUUUUCAGUAUUUUUAGCUUCAGCCAUCGAUCAGGAGCGCGGUUUCUCUUAUGCUUUAUAAAUGAUUUUUUUUUGUUUGUUUAGUUACCAAAUUUACGCUUGCGAAACAGGGCUGUGUUACUUUUUUUUCAGUUCCUACUCGACGACAUGUUUACCUAUCACGUGUUUAAAGCUGGUUUUAGUCUGUAAGUGGGCGCCCUUGGGUGUGUGAUGAUUUGCCGUGAGGCUGGAUUUCAGAAUAAUGGUUCGUGCUAGAGUACUAAAGCAGCUUAGUACUGUAGCGUAUCCAGUGCUUCAAUCUUCCUAUAGGACCUACUUUAUAGGAGUCAUGUAGUUUUAAUCCCACUAAUAUUCUUUGUUUCUCGUAGGCGUUGCGGUUCCGUGCUGUGAUUUCUGCAGUACUUCAGCGUAUUUCUCUCCAUUAGCCGGUAUGUUAAGCUUCUUCAUAGUGAUCUCUCUGGACAUUUAGCUCAGACCUUAACGGGACAGUCGAGGACACGGACGUUCAAAACAGGUGCCUUUUUGUUGUUUUAUAAAUGUAUUCCUGGUUUAUUUUUUGUUUUUCUCUCAUCGCUUUUUGUAUUUUUCUAGGGGGAGCUUAAUUUAAUUUUUGUUGUUAAUUUUAAAUAUGUUCUAGUCGAGCAUAUUUUGAAUCGAUUAAGCAGUGAACCUCUUAACUCGCUAUAUUUGAGUUACGCCGAUUUCGUCCUUCUUGCUUUUCAUUCGCCGUCGGUCGAUCGAUUCGCUUCGUAUGAUUGUAUCAUUUGGAUUAAGUGGAAAUUUGUAUGCUGAGAUGGUCUUGAUCACAUUUUGCCAAUUAUGUGAAACUUGUUAUAGUUAUAUAUCGAUUAUUCAUAUUGAUUUUUUUUUUUUUUUUUCCAUCCAUCCUUUCCCUUUUUUUCCUCUAAUAAUUUUUUUUUUUUUUUUUUAUCCCCACACUAUUGGCAUUGCUUCUGCUCCUCCCAGUUCGAAUCAGCAUUCAGAGCUCAGACGGGCCGCAGGCUGUUCGGUAUUGCAUAUCAUGUGAAGUGAAUCAUGAAACCCUUCAGCAGGGGGGAAACCAUUCGAACAAUAUUAUCCACCUGAGCCAAAUUUUAUUCGAUAUCUUCACAUCCUUUACAUACACACGAUACAACGAAUGGAAAAAUAAAAUAAAACAAGGUUGAUAUUUCAAGUCUGAAAUCUUUCCCAAUGCCGCAUCCUUCCUUCUUCAAUGCUAAUUGUACCAUAUCACCAAUAAAGCAAAAUUCAAGCAUUAUCAGUAAUUCUCUCUCUCUCUCUCUCUUUGUGUCUGUCUGUGUGUGUGUGUAAAUGUGUUUCUAGUAUCGCACAGACAAAGUCUGAGUUAUUCACAUGACUUCAUUAACAUGGGUAUUGGUUUCAUUUUUGACAUGAGGGCAACGUGCCACACACUUGACCUCUGUCACUGGAUCUCUUUUUAAGGAAGCAGGAUGAAAUUAACCUGCUGUUAAAAUCGAUCCACAACCGCUGCAUAACACAUUCAGAAAUAGGCCAAACACGGAAAAGCAAAACCAUGGCAUUGCUCUCACUUCUCUUUUAUCUCUUGGGUGAAGAACAAAAACAUCAUGACGCCGACUGCGUAAUGAAAGUAAUUCGUCUGUAAUCUGAAUUUCACUUUCACUGACUACAAUAUAGUCCAAGCCCAGGAUCCGGGCCUGUAAUUAUUGAUUAGAAACUCAUCCCCAUGUGGUGUUGCUGCAGAGAGGUGUGUCACAAAUUGAUUAGGUUUUGCUGUUGGACGAGUGAUACCGGCUUGACUGAGACUGAGGAAAUGCGUUCGUGUGUCAUGAAGUCAGCGUUUAAAAAAUAAGAGCGGUGCAUUGAAGGUUUUGUUGCAUGCUGCUGUCGUGCCAAAAUUGUACCCGGUGUGUAUUGCGUUUCAGGUUCCCCAAGGAAUCAGAAAAACGAUCGGCGCUGUCUGGUGAACAAAUAUUUAGACAGGAAAACAAGCUCAUCGCUCUUCUUCAACCUUUCCACUUUAGCUUUCACACACGCACAAAAAGAAAGAAACGGACAUAACGAUUAAAUAGUAUUUUAAAUGAAUACAUUAUUAACAGUUGCUAAAAUAUACUGACUGCUAUGCAUAUGAAAUGAUUCAUGAGUAAGCGCAUGCUUUGGGGACUUCAUCUACCAAAUAAAUGUUUUCUUAGUCCAUAAUAAUUAAAUAUGCAA